ACACAGAGCUGGCAGCCAUGACAUUCCUCAAUGACUGGACAGGGCCAAAACUGAGUUACCACAGCAGAGCUCCAGAGCACCAGGGCCUCCCCUCAUACCUCACUGAUGCCAUCGCGAUUGAACUGAGGUCAGAUCUGGAUACUGAUGUGGUGAGGAAGGGCAACGGGAAUGUUAUGAAAGGUGUGCGAUUCCCCAAUCUAUCGAGCAGUAUAAGUUUUAACUCAAGGGGCCCCACCGCUGGUGUGCUGAAUGUCAGUGAGCUACCUAAAGAGACCAUAACAACCACAGUAACAGACGAAGCAGAUGAGAAGGAGAUGGAUGUGACCGUCGACAAAGAGGAGCCUGAGGUUGAAACUCCGGUUUCAACGAUGGUGACACAGAUUCAGGAAUCAACAAAGAAGAGAAAAGACCAACCAACUAAAAAAGCAAAGUUUGUCCCCGUCAACACUGACCUGACUUCAGUGCAGCACAACAAUGACGACGCAUAUGAUUUCAACACAGAUUUUGCGUAAAAUUUCAUCAGCAUGUACAGAUUCAUGUGGACUGAGAGGAAUCAGAUUGUGAAACGGCACUCGUUGAUGUGCAUAAUAUAUCGCUAUGC